CGGUUCUUCGUCAACCGUCAUCGCUUUCUCCCCCUCCCCCGUCUCUUCUCCCUCGAGGGAAUAAGCCCGCCGCGUGAAGCUUCUUCUUGCAUCCGAGUGCGGAAUCACCUCCAAUCUGCCCCUCGGGCCGCCGGCGCCGAUGGAGAAGGUGAAGAACAUGCUCAAGCCGCGGCCGACGCCGCAGCAGCAGCUGCGCGAGUGGCAGCGCCGCCUCCGCAACGAGUGCCGCGUCCUCGACCGUCAGAUCCGAGGUCCUACCCCCGAACGCGCCCGCAUCUCCUUCCCUUCUCGUCCCCCACAUCUCCUUCCCCUGGUCUCCAAGGGAACUGGCGAUCGGGCUCGUGUGGACGGGUACUAGGUGUGAUUCAAGGAUUGGUGGUCGGGUGUUGCUUGUUGCUCUGGUUUGCCUCAGAAAUGGCCAAGGCGGUGAUGCGAUUAGCCGAGCGAUUCUCCCGACCCUGGGGGCUGUGCGCCAAACCCUUAACCCUUACCUGUAAGUAUUUUUGGGUAUGAAUUGUUUUUGCAGAUGUGCAGAGGGAGGAGAAGAACGUGGAGAAAGCCAUCAGGGAGGCUGCCAAGCGCAAUGACAUGGGAUCUGCAAAGGCUCUUGCUAAGGAACUUGUAAGAUCAAGACGUGCUGUUAAUCGUCUUUAUGAGAACAAGGCUCAACUAAAUUCAGUAUCAAUGCACCUUGGAGAAAUUGUCGCAACUGCAAGAACAGUGGGUCAUCUGUCCAAAAGCACUGAAGUGAUGAAAAUUGUUAACAAUCUAAUGAAAGCUCCAGAGUUGGCUACCACGAUGCAAGAAUUUAGCAAAGAAAUGACCAAGGCAGGUGUGAUGGAAGAGAUGGUGAACGAGGCAGUUGAUUCAGCUUUGGACUCUGAGGACAUGGAGGAGGAAAUCGAAGAGGAGGUUGACAAGGUUCUUGCUUCAGUAGCUGGGGAGACUGCCUCCCAGCUACCAGAUGCUGCCAGAACACAGAAGAUACAUGAGGCUUCAACAAGCAGGGUUCCAGAAGAACGACAAGCUGUUGCAGAGGGUGCUGAUGACGACGAGGAAGACCUAGAAGAGAUCAGGGCACGGCUUGCUAAAGUGAGGUCGUAAAUCAUAUACAUAUCUGAGUUUUCUAACCUGGGGAGCCCAUGGCUCACAAAAUAUGGUGCCAAAACCCGUGUAUUGUGAACUGAGUCGAUAGCAAUGCAAUUUUUUUUUUAAUUGGCCCUCGAGUCGACCAUAUAUGAAGUGGCAGUCUAUUGUUGUACAACGCUACGAGAGUGGCAUGGAAUAUCGGAAUAUGGAUAGCGAAAUGCCUCUGAUUUCAUAAAGCGAUGUAAAAUUUAUUAGCAGGAAAACAAAACGGCUGGAUAACAGCGUCUGCCGUUGAAC